AUGUACCACAACGACUAUUUGCACGGCGGGGCCCCUGCCAACAAUGGGCGCUUUGGCACCGAAAAUGGAAACCGCAGACACACCAGUUAUGACAACUCCUACUUCACGAAUGGCGGCAUCCAUGCCCGGAACGGCAGCUGCAACCGUAUUCACCCUACUUUGGGAAGGAACCCCCAAAACAAUGGCAACGACUACAACAAUGGCAGCAACUCUAACAAUGUCAACAAUGGCUUCAACUGUUUUAAUGGUCAAAAUGGUCAAAAUGGUCAAAAUGGUCACAAUAGCUACAGUGGCUUCAAUGGCAGCAAUAGUUAUAAUCGUCAUUGUCACAAUUAUCACAAUGGUCAAAAUGGCCACAAUAGCCACAACGGCAGCAACUACAGCAAUGGCAACAACGACCGGCACAACUUCCAAAUCCAGCCAUAUGGAGUUGCCCCGCCCAUGGACCGCCGCAACGGAAAUUCCUCCAUGGGCAGUCCGGCACUGGGUCUGUCGAUGGACCCCUACUUUCAUAGUGCGCCCCAGGCAGCGCCGUUCACUGUGUACGGCGGUGACGCAUAUAUGGCAAUGUUUCCGGGUCCCUUGCCACGACAGCGAACGGUGCACCAGGUCGAUCUGGCUCGGUAUCAAUGCCAACGGCAAGGCCAUCCGCCGAACGAGGGCGGCCCCAGCCGCCGCAGCAAUGGCAAGAAAAGUGGCCAGGGCGAGAAAAAGCCUGUUUACAGGAACAAGUCAAAGGACAACGAAAGGCUGCCAGAAAAUAGGGGGCUGCAGUAUGCCGUCAAGGCCGCCGCCGAGGACGACGGGGUCCCCAUUGACAGCAACGCGGUCAUUGACACCGAGGACGCUCUCAAGACGUACCUCGCGGAUCUCCUGCACUCCCAGCCCGAGCUCGGCUACGUCUACUCGCUCGGCUUCCAGGGCGUCAUGGUCGGCAGCGCCCACGACAACAUCUGCGCCAUGACCGUCAAGGCCGAUGUCAAAAUGCAGCUGCGUCUGAACGGGCCUGGCUACGACCCGAUCCUGAUCGCCAACAACCGGACCAAGCUGGGCAACACCAACCGGGCCCGGGGGACUGCCUUGCGGCCCUACUUCACAGCCGAACUCUUCGCCGCCUGCCAGCCGCGCGUCAUUGACGUGAAAACGCUGGGUGUCGCGGCGUUUGAAACGCACCCCGAGGGCCACAGCGACAUGUCCCUGCGCCGCAUUAUGGAGGACGGCCGUCAGGCCAAGCUGAUGUUUGCGCCGCACAUGCCGGCCGUCAGCCUCGAUGCGGUGUAUGGCAUCCGCUUCGAUCGCUAUGGCCAUGCGGACGACGAGGGCGACGGCCCGGGCUCGCCACGUGCCUGUAGGGAAGAGGAGGUAACGGGAACAGAGGCAGCGGAAAUGGCGGACGAGGAAAGGGAGAGGACAAUGACCAAAGCGGAAGGCAAGAAGCCGAUGGCGGUGGGAACGUCGAGCACGACGAACGCAGUGCCCGAGGCAGAUGGUUCGCAGCCACCGCUUGGUGAAUGUGGGACUCUGAAGGCUCCCAGCAACGUUGAGUUCCGCGGCCUCUUUGACAUUCAGUUGUGCGAGGCCGUCCUGGCACCCAGCCGAGAAAUUGGAAGGACCGAGCGAGGAAGGACGGAUCCAGAUGCAGAGGCCGUCAAGAGCCGUCAUCAGUUUCACGACCACUACAGGCUCAUGAGCCUGGUCAACAUCCUCAAAGCGAAUCUGCGAGGCAACUACCGCCAACCUGAGCCGCCUGCACAGCCUGCACAGCCUGACCCGUCUGACCAAGCCGGACAGGCCGGACAGGCCGGGCCAAGCGGGCCAAGCGGUCCAGCUGAGCAGAUGCAACUCGGCAAGGCGCGUGACAGGAUUACCCAUCGCCUGCGCAAGUUCCAAAUCAGCUCGGCCGCAUAUGGGCGCUUCUCCGAUCAGAAGCAACGUAUGCGGUGCCAUUUCCGCAACGCCGCCCGGUCAAAUCCAAAGGCCAACGAAUUUUCCGAGGGCCCACUCGAUCCCAACGACGACACCCGCGGCCUCGUUCGUUACUGCAUCUACGACGUUCUGUACCUGCCCCAUCUGUUUUGCAGCUACUACAACGAGAUCCUGGACCUGAACCCUCGCUUGCCGUUCGUGGACCAAGUCCUGCUCCAGGAGGUGCGCCGGUUCACACACCAACGUGUGCAAAAGGCGGCGAUGGACAAUGGCCUCGGCAGCAACAAUGCCGUGUUCUCUCCGUUUGGAUGGAUCUGGGAGUGUUGGCUGGUGAGAAUGCGCAAGUUGUGGGAGCGAAACUACAUGGGAAGCCUCUGUUUGGAAGUCAGGUUCGCGUCUCUCGACACCGACAUUGGUGAACUACGGAGCGGAGAGGCUCCUGAGACACCACGAGACAAUACUUUGUCGGGCUCUCGGGCACAUCAAAUGACACGGCCACGUAAAAACGCAGAGUCAAUCUGGCGACCCUCCGCCGACUCGGCCAUCUCGGUCGUUCCAGCCGGUGCGGCCGCCCCUGCGUCCAAAAACCGCUCCGGAAACGUGGUCUCAAAGUGCGUCCGCAGCCCCAGCGCCUCUGCCUUGGUCAAGUCCCGCCGCACGCCCUGGAAAAAGGGCACACUGAACCGCUCCGGCGCGCCCGGCAGCACCUCCACGCGGUGCGUCGUGGCCGGACACACGCCGUGCGUCACCACCUCAAAGGCCUGGCCAAUGUUGACCACAAACGUGCCCGGCACGGCGGGCACGUCGAUCCACUGGCCGGCGCGGUUGAGCGCCUGGAGCCCACCGACGGGCGGCGGACUGGCUUGCAGGAGGAACGUCCACCAGCCCGACGAGUCCUUGUGCGGGCCGACGCCCUGGACGCCGCCCAUGACCUUUCCGGGGUACCGCACCAGCUUGAGGCGGUGCUGGUCAGACAGAAACGGCUGGAGGGCGUCCGGUGGUAGGUCCAGCGCCUCGGCGACGAGCUGCAGGAAGCGCUCGCCCAACGCCGUCAGGGCAUCCAGGUAUGCCUCCACGACGGUGCGAAUGUCGCGGUUGGUUCCGGGCACGGUCACUGCCCCUGCUUUGGGCCACUGGUUCGGACCCCGCAAACUUCGCCGUACGCUCCGUCGCAAACUCCACCUGCUCGCGUCGGUCCGCCUGGCCCGCCGUCGUUUCUGCGCCGGUUGCACUGUAGCCCAGAAAGUGUGGGGAGUUGCGCAGGUUGAUGGCGUCUUUGGCCUCGUCGGGCAGGGCGAACAAUGCCGGCAACACCUUGACCAUGUCGUCCACUGUCUGGUCCGGCACGCCGUGGUGGGCGACAUACAAAAAGCCGACGUCGACAAGCGCGUGACGCAGUCCGGCGAGUAG